AUGAUGAAAGGAUUUUUGAACGCGUUGAAAUCGUCGCUCGAUCCGGACGGCGGCGGGAUAGACGCUUCGAUAGACAAAAUAGACAUCCGAGACGCGAUGGAACUUCGCGUUCGGCUCAUACACGAUACUUCCGCUUUUAUUCGUUUGCCGUCGAGAGCGUGCGAAAGUUUGCUCGUAAAAGCUCCAAAGUUCCCGUUACCAAUGAAAGUGAAAGUUAUCGAGAGAGGCGCGCAUACGAGUGGUAGUAGUAAUAAUAAUCGAAACGGGGGCGCGCCUUACGAUAUUCCCGCGCACGAGAAAGAGAAAAUAUUCUCGGUAAUUAAAUACGUUUCUUGGGCAGGCUCGACGUCGGAGUUGGGAGGACAGAUAUUUAUGGACGUCCCAAUCGCGGCAGCGAGAUGUUUAGGUUUAGAAGACGGAGACUUGUGCCGAGUUUGGCCCGUCUUUUUUGCGCCGAUUGCAGCCGCUGUUCACGUUUCACCCAUGCGAAAAGACGAUUGGGACGUUGUGUUCGCACAAAGCGACCGGGUGGAAGAGUCUCUGUUGAAGCAACUUGGGAGUGCGUACGAUGGAAUGAAGUUUCCGUUUUUUUCAAGUGUCCAGGCGGGCGGGAAACCGGUCGUGUUGAAAUGCACGAAAGUGGAAGCUUACGUAGAAAGUAGCGAAAAUAAUAGUAAAAAUAGUCAAGUCUUUCCGUCGGUCGUUCGAUUAGCGCCGAACACCGAGCUCAUCGUCGCACCACCGGCGAAGGAAGACGUAACGGGCGAUGAGCUACGAGACGGCGACGACGACGACGACGACGGCGAGAAGGAAGAAGAAAAAAUGAAACCGUUUUGCGCUCGCGUGCAAAGUCCGACGUAUCACAUUUUGGAUGAACUCGCGGUGAAAGUAGAUCGCGAUUUUAAAGCUAUGAAUGAUGCAACUAUCGACGAUUUCAAUUGCGAGUUAAGUGGGGUCGCGUUACUUCGAGUGUCAAAAGAUAAAAACGAGCAAGAGUUACCCUGUCGAGAAGGCCAGUUGUGUCGCGUGAAAAUAUAUUCGGAGGAGAAAAAAUUUCGCAACGACCGCUCUGCGCUCGUGCGAAUAAAAUAUUCCUCGCACGAACACUUACGACCAGGCCACGUGGCGUUGUCGAAAGCAAUCAUGAAUCUUCUAGGAACCGUUCAAGGCGAUACGGUUGUGUUGAGUAGAGGUCCAAAACCGUUAAAAGUGGAUGAUUUCGCGCAAGUUGUCAUUCAACUUCGACCGAUCGUCGUGAAAAAGGAAAAGAAAAAAUUCAAGAUUCACGAAGACGACGAAACAAGCAGCGAGGACGAAGCAGAUGGAUUCGAUUCGGACGAUUCCGAGGACAGAAAUAGAAAGAAUCCCAUAUUCAACGACACUGGGCUACUUCCAAAAUCGAAACCGUUGACGGCUGCUCAAAUUCUCGCGAGAAAACUCACCGCUCCGCAACGCAUCGCGCUCGGUUUGGGUCAUCUAAAUGUCUUAGCAACGGACGAAAGCGAUUACGACAGCGAUGACGAAGAGGAGGAAGCAUUAUCUGAUUUGCGUUUGAUUACACCGGAAUCGUGUAAUUCUGGUGCCAAACAUGUUCUUCUCGAUUGGCUCGAGGCACACGUGAAGUAUACCGGUUCUGGCGAGUGCGGAGAUAUCGGCAACAGUCGAAAUGGUUUUAGUAAUGAUAAUGAUAGUAAUACUAGUAACGAUGGCAUGCAUUUGAGUUCGGAUUCUAAAAUCUUGUUAUCGAGCGAUGAGAUUGGAAGCGGAGGGUAUUUGCCGUUCGCGAGUUUUGAAGUGACCAUUAGCGUGAUUGGAGGGAAAGCGACGUAUUUAUCCGAAGACGCGAUUCCACUGAUUUAUAUCACUCGUGACGAUCUCGUGAAAGAAAACUCGCGCGUAAGGGUAGAACUCGGGAAAACGACUGUUUAUUUAGACCCGAGGAAAGAGCACGCGAAUUUACUCGAACCUUGUUUAGGCGUGUCCGUGAUGCCUUCAUACGGGCGGUAUAAACAUCUCGGUGACGUCGCGCCCGGAGAGAGUUACAAGAAAGUCGCGAUUGAAGUUUUGAAACGCGUGCGAGUGUCGUUAUGGGAGGAGGCCCAAAUUAUGCGAAAUGAACAAAAUUGUUUCCAAAUCCCAGGAGGCUCUAUGCUUUGCGGUAAACCUAUUGGAUCGCAUCGAGACCCGCUGGCGAAAGGCAUCGCGUGGAGCAUCGCGAACGAUCCAAACUGUUACGCGAGCGUCGUCGAAGUGAAAUGUAAGGAUUUACCAACGCACCCUCGGAAAGCGAUGAAAGCGUUACGACACGCGUUACAAGCGGCACAUUUGCGAGCACCAGCUAUUUGUUUACUUUUAGAUCUAGACGCGGUGUGUAAAAUACAGCCAGAAGGGGCUGAAGAUGCGGGUGAAAUGGACGACGCAUAUCACAUCGCGGCGUUACUCGCGGAUGAGAUUAAAUAUUGCGUAAACAUGGAAACCGUUUGUUUCGUGGCUACGGUGCAAGAAAAAGAGAACGUGGCUAAACCUUUGCUCGAUCAAGAGGUAUUUAUUAAGUUUCAGGAUAUUGGACCUAUGGAAGACGACGCUCGUAAAGAGUCUUUAAUGUUAAUUUCCGCCGGCUUGAACUUUUCCACCUCCGAGGACGUUGCGGAGGAUAUUGCGCAAGACAGAAAAACAAUCGGAUACGACUUACGGGAUUUAGACAUUCUCGUCACUCGCGCAAUUCAAAACGCGUUCAAACGGUUAAACUUAGACGAAGAUCCUGAGUUUCAAAAGCGAAAACACGGUGGAGAUCACGAGUUCAUCCCAUUAACGGUAGACGAUUACGAAAAAGCGCGAGUGGACAUCAAACCGAGCGGCGACGAAGGUUUAAAUCUCACGGAUCCAUCCGUGUAUACAAUCGAAGGUGGUCUAAAUGCCAUUGGUGGAUACGAAGGGGUAAAAAAGUUACUCGAGGAUUGCAUGAUUCUUCCCGGACAGUUUCCGGAAGUUUUUGCGCAGUGCCCUUUGCGUCUGAAAACGAAUGUCCUCCUUUAUGGCCCUCCAGGUGUCGGGAAAACGUUCGUCGCGCACGCGGCGAUUACAGAAUCCGGCAUGCGAUGCAUAAAAGUCCGAGGUCCUGAAAUCAUGUCCAAAUUUAUCGGCGAAUCCGAGAAAGCCAUUCGAGAAGUAUUCAAACGCGCGCGCGCCGCUGCGCCGUGCUGCUUAUUCUUCGAUGAGUUUGAUUCUAUAUGUCCUCGAAGAGGCUCCGAUAACGCCGGCGUCAUGGACCGAUUAGUCAACCAGUUGUUGACGGAAAUUGACGGAUUCGAAGAGUUACGAGGAGUGUACGUCAUCGCCACGUCGUCGAGACCGGACACGAUGGAUCCCGCUUUAUUACGUCCGGGCCGUUUAGACAACUUGCUCUUCUUAGACUGGCCAACGGAGAAAGAGCGAUACGACAUCAUGUGGAAACUCACCAGAAAUAUCAAGACAGACCCAGACGUAAACCUUUGCGCCAUCGCGGCGAAAGAAAUGCCGAACGGCUCCACCGGCGCCGACAUCAAAGGUUUACUCAGCAACUGCUCAGUCAACGCCGCCACGCGCGUGAUUCAAGCGCACGAAGAAGCUUUGAAACUCGAUCCUACUCUCCCAAACCCGACCGAAGUCCCGUCCAUUACCGCCGAGGACGUUCGCUUAGCCCGGAAAAGCGGAUUCUCGCGCAUGCGAGAGGUUGAUCGAAAACAGUUGGAUAUCGUCUACGAAAAUUUCAAUCGAGCGAGAAGUAAAAGCAUGAAGGAUAAGAAGACCGCGAUUAUAGACGAGAGAGAUUUGAAGCAAAAGUUUGCCAGUUGA